CCCGCCCUCGUCCUCCCCACCGUGGGUGGCCAUGGCCAGAGCCAGACUCCCUCUUGCCGCUUGCGUCGUCGCGUUCCACCUCUGCCUUCUCCUCUCUCCGACCUCCUCUCUCCGCCGGCUCCCCGAAGCAGAGAGCGUGGCGGCCCGCCAUGGCGGAGCCAGCAGGACGGCCUACCACUUCCAGCCAGCCAAGCCCUGGCAGAACGAGAGCGUGGCAGUCCGCCAUGGCGGGAGCAGUAGGACAGGCUGCCAUUUCCAGCCCGCCAAGAACUGGCAGAACGGUCCGAAUGGGCCGAUGUACCACAACGGAGUGUACCAUCUCUUCUACCAGUACAACCCGCUGGGUGCGACAUGGGGCAAGGGCAACCUUUCUUGGGGGCAUUCGGUCUCCCAGGACCUCGUGAACUGGGCCGCCCUCGACACUGCGAUUGACCCUACCGCCCCCUUUGACGCCAAUGGUUGUUGGUCAGGCUCGGCCACAAUCCUCCCCGGGGGCGUCCCAGCCAUGCUCUACACCGGCGGUGACGCCGACCGCGUGCAGGUGCAGAACAUCGCCUUCGCCAAGAACCCCGCAGACCCGCUGCUCCGCGAGUGGGUGAAGCCCGCCUACAACCCUGUCAUCCCGCACCCGGCUGACGUCCUCUUCAACCAGUUCCGCGACCCUAGCACCGCAUGGGUAGGCAGCGAUGGCAUGUGGCGCAUCCUCGUCGCGGCCCAGGUCGGCAGCAACAACACGGGCAUUGCCUCCACGCUCGUCUACCGAAGCAAGGACUUCCGGCAUUGGGAGCGGAACGCCUCACCGUUGUACACAUCGCGCGCCGCCGGCAUGGUCGAGUGCCCAGACCUGUUUCCAGUGGCGGAGCCCGGCAUGGAGGAGGGACGCCUCGACUACGCGGCCGGUACGGCGAGCGGUGCCGUGAGGCACGUGCUGAAGCUGAGCGUGAUGAACACGACCGAGGACUACUACGCGGUUGGGCGGUACGACAACGUGGCAGACACCUUCACGCCGGAGGUGGACGGCGAGCGCAUCAUCGAGGACUGCCGAACGUGGCGCCGCUUCGACUACGGCCACGUGUACGCAUCCAAGUCCUUCUUCGACGCGCGCAAGAACCGACGUGUGCUGUGGGCGUGGGUGAACGAGUCCGGCAGCGAGGACGACGACAUCGCCAGAGGCUGGUCCGGCCUUCAGGUGCAAUCGAUUUCCGAUCAACUAACUGAUCAUGCUCAUUAUCUACUUGAGACUUUUUAUUAUGAUGCAUACAUUCUGUGGUAAGUAAUCCCUCUAUAAACUAAUAUAAGAGUGUUUAGGGCAUUAUUUUAAUGAUCUAAAUGCUUUUAUAUUAGUCUACGGAGGAGGGAGUAAUUAAGUUGGCCCAGGGUUAGUAAAGGUCCGUCCACAAAAAAAGGGGUUAGUAGAGGUCCACUUAUAAUUUAGC